AGUGUCUGCGCACGUGUGUGUGUGUGUGUGUUUGUGAUGUUUGCCCAACCAUGGCCCUCUUUAGUUCUCGUCACGACGGUGGAAUGAAAGGGACUACACAGUGGAUGGCCUCAUUGCGUCACGCUCUGGCCUACCCUAUCAUUCUCUUCUUCUUCCUGAUGUUAUGGGCAUACCUUCUUCCCCGAGCUCUCGACGACUCUCACUCCUCUUCCUCCUUGAGCUCGUCGUCCCUCGGCGAGUGGGCAAAUGGCGGCGGCACACAAUCCACUCCUCCUCCCCCUCCUCCCCCUCCUCCUCCUCCCCCUCCUCCUGCUGACCCCAUUUGUAACCGCUCUCUUUAUCCUCCUCUCUCGGACCUUCGUUCAGACACACUCACCCUCCUGGUCAAUGGCUUCCAGGAGUCCAGGUUGUCCCUGCUUAAGGAGAAUCUCCGCCUCUUCUCGCACAACCCAGCCGUUAGCGCCAUCUUCCUCCUGUGGGGGAACACCUUCACCCCUCCCUCCCGCCUCCAACCCUCCAUUUUCUCUAGCGAUGGGGGGGCUCCUAUCCGCGUCAUUCGUCAGACGACGACGAGUUUGAACGCGCGCUUCCUCCCGCGCGCAGCCAUCGAGACUGCCGUUGUCGCCGUGUGCGACGACGACGUGCUGCCGGAGGCCGGGAGUCUGGAGUUUGCGCUCAAGGUCUGGCAGAGCAAUCGGGAUCGCAUCGUCGGAUUCUUCCCCCGGUGCCACGUGUUCGACGAGACUAAUCGGACCUGGCAGUACUACUACUGUUCUGAUUGCUACUCCAUGAUGCUUACCAAGCUCAUGCUCCUCUCGACUGAGUACCUUUACGAUUACACGUGUCGCAAUCAGCCAGGGGUGAGGGAGGUGGUCGAUAGGGAGGUGAACUGUGAGGACAUAGCGAUGAACUUUCUAGUGGCCAACAGGAGCCGGUCGCCGCCCGUGCUAGUGGCGGGCGCGGCGCGGGACUGGGGAGAUGGGCGGAACUCGGAGCAGAGGUACGCGGAGGGCGCGCUGGGCGGACGGAUGACCCACCAGCAGGGCCGCGCCGCGUGCCUCCAACAGUUCGUCCGCCUCUAUGGGGGUGCGAUGCCCCUGCAGUACAGUUUCCUCAAGGCGGUGCCGCACAGCGAGGAGGAGACGAUGUGCGACAAGUACGGGUUCCAAAUCAACUGCAACGAUCACAUCGGGUCCAAACUGGAGGCUCGGCGCGCAGUCGGUCAGCAUUUGGUCGUUAGUCGGGACCUGUAUGCCUACGUGUCGGUCAUCCACUCACCCGAUCUCGUUCCCGCCGCUCUGGUGCUAGCGCAGUCUCUGCGGAGCACCGGUACCGCUCAUCAUCUCGUCCUUUUGCUCUCUGACCAUCGAACGAAGCAGCACGGCGACAGAGGGGAGGAAGAGAAGGAGGAGAAGAAAGACGAGGAGAAGGGCUACUACGGAGAGGAAAGCCGCAUGCGCUUGCGGGCUCAUUACGACAGUGUGGUGAAUGUGAGCAGCAUCGACAACCCGUAUAAUUGCCCCGGGUUCGACAAGAUUCAUGCCUGGACCCUCACUAAUUACUCGAAAGUCAUCUUGAUUGACGUGGAGAUGAUGGUGCUCGACAAGCUUGAUGACUUGUUCGACCGCCCCGAGCCAUCUGCGGCUCCGGACAUCUACGCUCCUGAUCAGUUCGACACCGGGCUGAUGGUAAUCAGACCGUCCAAUCGGACAUAUGCCGCGCUGGUGUCGGCAGUGGAGGGGCUGGAGCGGCACCCCAACCCCAGCAGCAAGACCGACUCGGAUCGAGGAGAACGAGCUGCUGCUACUGCGCAUCAGGGUUUCUUCAAUGCGUUUUUCAGUGGCUGGUUUGAGAUGACCGCCGAGCAUCGGCUUCCGUAUCGAGUGAAUGUGAUGAUUGGCUUUCCAGAGAACUACAAUACACCAGGAUGGUACAACGUCAAUCGUGUAGACGAGUACCUGCAGUUGGGCAGAGAGGCUCUGAGGGUGCCUGCCGCAGAGAAGCCGCAGCAGCAGCAGCAGCAGGAGGAGGAGAAGAAGGCGGCACCCAUCCGCGUCGUGCAUUUCGCUAAUCCUGGGUUCAGACCUUGGGUACAGGACGAGCAGGGAUGUGCCGCCAAUGUGUGGUGUGAGGCAUGGAAGGCCCUUGCCGCUAAACUGGAGGCUAACGACUGGCUACCUAUCGAGCCCCCGGAAUCAGUAACCCCGGUGGAAUUCCUUUCUCAUCCUGAUUCGUACCCGACUUAUUACCCCCAUAUCCAGGACUCUUCAACCUCCUCCUCCUCCUCCUCCUCCUCCUUAUCAUCGUCAUCGUCAUCAUCAGCUUCAGCUUCUGCUUCAGCUUCAUUAGGGAGAAUGCCGGGGGGCACAAGGAAGGGGCAUCGACCAGUGGAGGGAGCGAUUCCUCUUUCGACAGAACCGUGGGAACAGGUAGUGGUUACUCUGGUGACUGAGAGGACGGUUGGGGCUGCAGGAGUGUGGGCGGCGUCGUAUAGAGAGCACCACGUAGCUGGAAGCAGCUGGCGGAAGAUCAUGCUGAUGGUGCCCUCAACUAUGAGGUCCGAUCUCUGGGCUCCCUUGGUGCCUCUCUUCGACAUAGUCAGGGUCGUGCCGCCUCUGACGCUGAGUUCCACACCGAUCAUCAUCCCGACAAACACUGCUGUGGCUGGAAACAGCGGCAAGAGUAGACGGCUUCUGCUGCUGGGUGAGGGCGACAGCGGUGUCGCUCAGCGAUCACUAGGAGAAGAAGGACGAGCAGGAGAAGGAGGAGGUAAGAGAGGAGGAGGAGGAGGAGAAGAAGGAGAAGGGAAUGACACGAACGGGGAGAAUGGACAAAGGUCCUCCGGUGGAGAAAGGUCCAAUCACACCUUCACUAGCGGGCAGGAACAGGCACAUGCGCAUGUGGAGGAUGUGGUGGGUGAUUCUAACGUAACCCAAUCCGUUAGUCCUCAUUCCGUUAGUCCUGGUUCCGUUAGUCUUGGCGAGGAGUACAAUGUGCUUUACCUGUGGAACUUAACGGAAUGGGCCAAGGUUGCUUAUGUCAGCCCUCGGUCACUGUUUGUAGAGAAUGUUAACGGUCUGUUUGACUACACACCCUUCGCUGCCGCUCCUCGCGCUUCCCCCCCUGAUCAGUUCUCGUCCGCUGUUAUGGUCGUUCAGCCGUCGAGGGAAUCCUUCGACGAUCUCCUGAAGCAGGCAAUGAACCUGCCCAACGAAAGAGGACCAGAUGCCGAGGGUUUUCUGAACGAGUAUUUUUACGACUGGUACUCCAGGUCAUCCAAGCAUCGGAUCUCGCCGUCUUUCGACGUCCAGCUGGGCAAGAUUAGCACGCUGAGACCGUUGAAGAUUUUGUCGUUUAGCGAGCAGAUCCAGAUCUGCCACGCCGGGGAGAUCUCCGACCGACGACCGUUCGAUCCGCGAGAGUGGGUGACCUUAUGGCGUCGGACAUUCUGCAGUCUCAAGGAGGAUAUCAAAUCGCUAAUGCCGAAUUGCAGAGACCUUUGUUCAAACGUCAACCUAGGCCAGGGGUCAAGGAACGACACGACGGCGCGGAGGAGGAGGAGGAGGAGGGGUAUGAUGUGAGGAGGAGGGAGUGAAUCUCGAAAAGAGGGGAGAAAAAAAUGGCUCUGCUGCGCCGUUCAGCUGCGCGUUGGCGGCCUGAGUGGCGGGAGGUCUAUGCCGUAGAUCUAAUAGAUCGAAGGGUUUGUCUUUGCCGUAGAUGUAAGGGUUUGUUCGUUUGCGUUGGUUCUCUCUCUCUCUCUCUCUCUCUCUGGUUGGCUCGCCCUUUUUUCGUUCAGGACCUGAUGGAGUAGUCCGGACUCGUACGUACAUGUAUACACCGGGGGCCAAGUCCCACUAAG